AUGUCUAACCGCGAUUACUACGGCGAUUAUACUCCUGAGAACUUUGCUUCUCAAAACAAUACUCAACAACCCAACUCCAUGCAAAACUCUGAGUUCCUACCUAACCAGAACCACGAGCAACAACUGGCUAACCAGGAAUCCUUCAACCAACAAAAUCAAUGGAAGGAUUUUGACCCGGCUACUUCUGAAAUGCCGGAAGGCGAGCGGGGUCUUGGUGCAACAGUCAUCGGUGGAGCAGGAGGUGCAUUUGUCGGGCAUCACGUUGGCAAGAAGUCCGACCAUGGCACAUUGGGCACAGUGGGUGGUGCUUUAGCCGGAGCUGUUCUGGCUAAUGUGGCAUCCAAGGCCGUGAAAGGCAGUCACCAUGGGCAUGGAUCUGGGCAUGAUCGUCGCCGGGAGAGACUUGAGAGGCGGCUGGAUCGAAUGGGGUGA